ACACUGCAGCUAAAGAUCACUCUCUGCUGGGUUGUGGAGCCUUAAAUAAAUCUUUACUGAUCGUAUAUGCGUUGCAUAUUAUAUUUGUAAUUUAUGUACUGUUUGUAUCAUUUGACAGACAUGAAGUUUGUGAUCCUGUUGGCCGUUUUGAGCGGGGUUUUUGCUGCCCCUUUCAUGAAGGAAGAAGCAGCUAAGCGAUUCAUCAGGCAGAAGAGACAGGCGGGGUACUGGGAUCCUAACCACUCUCAGAACAUGUGGGGUUACACCGUUCAGGAACAGGCCAAUGAGUAUUGGUCAAGCCUUCGGGCAAAUAUUCAGUACUACGUGGACAUGGGGAACCUGAUGUUUGACCGCUCUGUGGCUGAUGAAAACGCCAGGCUCUAUAUGGAGAUGCUGCAUAAUGCACAAGCACACCUGGACAGCCAGACGGGUCAACACAGGUAGAAGACAGAGAGGACGACUCACAUGAUAUGACUUCACAAUGUGGACAUAAGUAAUACAUAGAAAGAAAUACACAAAAAAGACAAGUGACUGAUAUAAAACUAGUGGUCACACAAAUGCUCAUAUUCCUUAUUAAAGCACUCUUUCGCACUCUUUAUUAUGCAUUUAAAUUCUGGACUGUUUAAUUUGUAAAUAUAUUUUCACAUAAAAUUAUCUUAUUUAAACCAAAGCUUAAGCAGCAGAUGAAAUGUGCCGUUUUUCAGUAUAUAUAUGGAGAAAAUAUGACAGUAAGAUGUAUGAUUUGCAAUUAACAGUUAAUAAAAGAAUAAAAGCAACCAAAAUAAAAGG